CAAGGGAAAUUUUUGUCAAGGCCAGGCUACCAAAUCAAAGAUGGCGGCUUGUUGUGGAGCUCUUCGUAGCAUCACAAAAACUCGUUUGAGAACAGGGUUGUUAGUCCCAAAAUGGUUAAAUUGCCAUUCCUCUAGUCGCCUUCUUUGUAGUGCGAAGUUCUUCCCUGCACGCAAUGACUGCAUGCUGCCUAAAGACUGUUUUCAGGGCAAAACAGCGUUCAUCACAGGCGGUGGUACCGGACUUGGUAAAGGCAUGACACAAAUGCUGUCCAAACUGGGAGCAACGGUGGUGAUAACUAGCAGGAAGUUAGAUGUUCUCCAGAAGACGGCUGAUGAGAUCUCAGGAGAAACAGGCAACAAGGUGAUAGCUGUAGCCGCUGAUGUCCGUGACCCAGAGCAAGUCAAGGCCGCAGUUGAUGAGUGUGUUGCCAAGAGUGGCCUUCCUGACAUUGUUAUCAACAAUGCUGCCGGCAACUUUAUCUCCCCAUCCGAGAGACUAUCUGCCAAUGCCUGGAAGACGAUAGUUGAUAUUGUACUAAAUGGCACUGCAUAUGUGAACUUAGACAUUGGCAAAAGACUUAUUGAGGCCAACAAAGGAGCAAGUUUUUUAGCCAUCACAACUAUAUAUGCCAAGUCAGGCUCUGGAUUUGUUCUACCAUCAGCUUCAGCUAAGGCUGGCAUUGAAGCCAUGACUAAGUCACUGGCUGCUGAGUGGGGACGGUAUGGAAUGAGGUUCAACGCUAUCGCACCUGGACCUAUUGAGACCAAGGGAGCAUUCAGUCGACUGGACCCAACAGGAGCAUUCAGGUCCCAUGCAAUAGAAAGGAUCCCAACAGGAAGGUUUGGGGAGAUCAAUGAGAUUGCCAACCUUGCUGCGUACCUUGUCAGUGACUACGCUAGCUGGAUCUCAGGGGAGAUUGUAGUCUUCGAUGGUGGGGAGUAUCCUUCUCUUGCUGGAGAAUUCAAUGAAUUUAGAAAGAUUCCAAAAGAGCAGUGGGACAUGAUUGAGGCGAUGAUUCGGAAGACAAAAGGAUCUUAGAAAGCUGCCAUUUUUGGCUAACCACGAUAUUAAGGGUAGUUCAACAAAUGCGAUGGUGGAGGCAUGUUCCUAGUUUGACCCUUAAACUCUUUGUCCAGUUAGUUCUCAUCAGAACGCCAGCGCAUGCGCAACUCAAGGAGGAUUCAGUAGAACAGAAGCACAACUGGUGCAUUUUGUAUUGGUGGCCACGGUAGCGCGAGUCUCACUAUUAAUAUUUAUCCUCACGUCCAGUUUCUCUGUACAUUAAUAAUUGGGUGAUAUAUUUUUUAAUAUUUACCUAGUUUGAUUGACUAUUGUAAAAAUAUUUUCCAUGAAGACAUCGUUGCUUGAUUUGACAUACUUUGGCCUUCGAGAAACACCAAAACAUUAUAAUCAAUGUCAAAAUGCUUUUGUUAUACUGAACCAAAGAUUGUUGGGUGCAUUUGGCAAUUAUUUGCUACACAUUUCAAUACUCAUGUAAAAAGUUAUAUAAGUGUAAAGUGGUGGAGUAACCUGGUUUACGUCAUGAAAAUUAAAAUAAUAAAUACAUAUUUCGUAUUUCAGCAA